ACACACAUACACUCACUCUGAAGACUCAAAUCAUUUCUCGACACCAGACUCUCAGUCACUUCAGGCAAGCGCUAGUUUUGGAUUUUACUUUGCAAUCCGAGUGGAGGAUCUGAGGUGUCGAGGGGCGGCGUCCGUGUUAAUUUCCUGUUCACAAUUCACACUGAUCAUCAAUAUCAGUCUAUGCUUUGGAACCGCAUGUCUUGCAGGUCACUUGUUACGCGGCCCUGCGAUUGUGAUCUGAAUGGUCGUAGCUACAUUCCAGGAGUAAGCAGAAAUUUGCCAUCUAUUGGGAAACAAAGUGACCCUGGAGAAUGUUUCACUUCAGAAUUCUGCCUGCAAUGGCAGUUUUUGGCAACUUCUCCAGACAAUACUAUAGAGCAGCAGCAACCACAAAUAAGCGUCGGCACAGAUUAAUGAUAGUAACAUUUGCUGGAGUGACAGCUGUUUCAGCAACAACAGGCUUAUUAUGGAAAAGAGCUCAUGCAGAAGCUGCUGCGUCAGUGAAACAGAUUCCCAAAACUGGUUCCUCUGGAGUAGAAGAGCAAAAAGAUGGUGGAGAGGCUGUAAAGCCACAGGAAGAGGAUGGACAAAGUGAAAAAAAGAAGCGGAGAGGAUUCAGAGAUCGGAAGGUAAUGGAAUAUGAGAAUCGAAUUCGGGCUUACUCUACUCCGGAUAAGAUAUUCCGAUACUUUGCAACAUUGAAGAUCAUCAGUGAAAAUGGAGACGCUGAAGUGUUCAUGACCCCCCAAGAUUUUGUUCGAUCUAUAACACCAAAUGAAAAACAGCCAGAGAAUCAGGGUCUGGACCAGUUCAUAGUGAAACGAAGUGAUGGGAAGAAACUUACCCAUGGACGGGAGAAGUUUGUUGAUGAAGACAGCAUAUUUAACGCACUAGGGGAGUGUGGACUGAUUUCAUUCUCAGAUUACAUUUUUCUCACUACAGUUCUGUCCACCCCACAUAGGAAUUUUGAAAUUGCCUUUAAAAUGUUUGACCUGAAUGGUGAUGGUGAAGUUGAUCUGGAAGAGUUUGAACAGGUUCAAAGUAUUAUUCGAUCCCAGACCAGUAUAGGCAUGCGUCACCGAGAUCGCACCACAACAGGCAACACGCUGAAAUCCAGCGUUAGCUCCGCACUCACCACUUAUUUCUUUGGUGCUGAUCUGAAGGGAAAACUGACCAUCAAACACUUCCUGGAGUUUCAGCGUAAGUUGCAACAGGAUGUUCUUAAACUGGAGUUUGAGAGGCAGGAGCCUGUAAAUGGACGGAUCACGGAGCGUCAGUUUGGACGAAUGCUUUUGGCGUACAGUGGUGUGCAGUCCAAGAAACUUAAAGCGAUGUUGAAAAGCAUCAAAAAGCAAUUCAAGGAUGCAGAGGGCAUUACAUUUGAAGAGGUUGAAAAUUUCUUCACUUUCUUGAAGAACAUCAAUGAUGUGGACACAGCACUAAGUUUCUAUCACAUGGCGGGGGCCUCCAUUGAUAAAGCGACCAUGAAGCAGGUUGCCAGGACAGUGGCACGAGUGGAACUCUCUGAUCACGUUUGUGAUGUCGUCUUUGCUUUGUUUGAUUCUGAUGGUAAUGGUGAGUUAAGCAACAAGGAAUUCAUUUCCAUUAUGAAGCAACGACUAAUGCGUGGACUGGAGAAACCCAAGGACACGGGCUUCACACGGCUUAUGCGUGCAAUGUGGAAAUGCACUCAGGAGACUGCCUGGGACUUGCCUUAUCUAUCCAAAUAAAGAAAAAAAUAGAUAGGACUGAGUUACUAAUCAACCCUGGGCAUCUUUGGCAUCUUAUCUCCUGAGGACUGAACUAGGAUGUCCUGAUGCCUUAAUUCAUGGAAUGUUUGAGCUCUUGGGGCUUUAUUUUCCAAUUAAGUUAUGUUUUCUUUUAAAAUGUGGUACUUUUGCAUGUCAAGUACAAAAUAUAGCCCUGUAGGUAUAAAGGAGUAAUUUACUCUGAACUGUUGAUAGACUGCAGAAAUCUGUUUUGAGCCAUUUGCAGCCAAUGUGCUCUUGGGCCAUCGUUGGCAGUUAAUUAAAAUGGUUAAAUGGCUAUGAUGCUCCCAAUCCAUCAAAGAAAUUAAUGUAAGCCCAUUUCAUAGCUUCUGGUCACAUAGGGUCUCUUAUAUAAACACGUGCAUUGUGCCUUAGGAUUUGUUAGAUUCAAGACAUUCCUGACUGUUGCAUUCACUCUCAUGGAACCUGUACCAUCAGACUUUUCAAAGUGGUACUACUGCUCUUCAGUGUGGGGUGGGUAUAUCAGGACUUGAAUCACCAUCUUGCCCUAAUCCCCAUCUUAUUGACCUACUGGCCACAUUACAUGGGGAACCAACAAGUAUUAGAAGGCUUGGAGAUAUUCACCCAGUUCUAAGUAUGUUUGCAGUGUGCUUAUUGACUUCCUCCAUUGUAAGCUCAGAAAGUUUAGAUCAGAGAUUCUUGAUGUUGCUCCAACAAUAUUCUAACCAUGGACCAUCAAAGGCCCUUCACCCAAACAAACAUUUGUGCUGUCAGUCCAUGGUUUCUGCACACAAAUGCACUUGAGUGCUGCAUCCAAUAAAGGUUUAUAUUUGUAAAUCCAAAUCAGUGGUGGAAACUCCAAAGGAGCAAAUCACUACUAACCUGGCAGCAAAAGAAAUAACUGUGCAGAGCAGAUUAUUAAUAUCACUGCGUGAAUAUUUUAAGCUUAGAAACUAGAAAGGCAAUGCAGUUAGGAUUAAGGUUUGGAGGUCCAGUACAAACUUCCCAUUUGUGGUGCAGCCCAGAAGUGGUAAAUAAAAUGAUGUAUUUUAAAUAGACCUGUUGUAACUGAUCAUACUCAGUUGAGGACAGCUGGUUUCGAAUUGUCAGCUCAAUACUUGAAAUGGGGCUUGAAAUCAAAGUUGACUGGUACAGGUAAGGCAAAUAUUCACUAGACAGAUUCUUUGUACCUGCUGAUCUUUACUCACUUUUAAUACUGAAAGGUUGUGUGGUUUUAGUGUUUCAUGUUAACUAGUGUUCAAUGAAUCCCUGUUUUUUGCAUUUUUCUUCAUUGACUUGGAUCAUGUCAACUAUUACAUCAUAUUUCUUUCUCAGAUAUGAUACCCACGAGAAUUAUCUGAAAUUUUGUUGUGAUUACUGUAGAUAGGAGCUUCGUGGAACUAUUAUCUGCAUCCUUUUUCUCCAGAAGAGUAGUUUAUCGAUAAUGAAUUUCUUACUUAUAAGGCUGCUUCUUUCAGGCAUUGACAUAAAAUAAAAUAUAAUGCUUUAAAUCUUUAGAAAUGAUUUGAAACUGCAGUUUCACUUUAUUUAAUUGUAGGUCUGACAUCUGCUGAGGAGUGUUUCAUCAACAUCUCUUCCCUCAGUCUCUUGGCUAGAAUUUCCCAUUCCAGUUUUAAUUUGAUGCACAUUAUGGAUUUGUAUUUGCAUUACUGCUCAAACAGUUCUGGCUGUUGCUACCAAUGUAGAAGUCAAUAAAUUGGCAACAUCAGGUGACAAAUCAAUACAUUUAUAUGACACUCCAGUGUCUACCAUUUUAUUGAAUAUGUUGAUGUAUAUUUUAUAUGCAGAAUAACCAGUGCUGUUUCAAUAUUCACUCAAUAAUUAGAAGGGAGUCUUUUCCAGCCAGUUCUUCAAUAAAUAUAAAUAACAA